GCAGGAGGAGGAGGAGGAGGAGGAGUGGGAGGAGCUGGAGAAGGAGCGGGAGGAGGAGUGGGAGAAGGAGCGGGGGAAGGAGCGGGACCGGGGCUAUGGCGCGGGAGGAGGAGUGGGAGAAAAAGCGGGAGGAGGAACGAGAGGAAGAGCAGGAGAAGCAGCGGGAGGAGGAGCAGGAGGAGAAGGAGGAGCGGGAGGAGGAGAGGGAGGAGGGGAGGGAGGAGGAGAGGGAAGAGGGGCGGGAGAAGGGGCGGGCGCGGGGCUAUGGCGGGAUCUUUGUCACGUUGUUUGGCGGAGGAGAGGGAGAAGGAGCGGGAGGAAGAGUGGGAGAAGGAGUGGGAGAAGGAGCGGGAGAAGGAGCGGGAGGAGGAGUGGGAGAAGGAGCGGGAGAAGGAGCGGGAGGGGAAACGGGGAGGGGGUUAGGAGUGGGAGGAGCGCAAGGGGAAACGGGAAGGGGCGGAGGAGGCCCCGGAGGAGGAGCGGGAGAAGGAGCAGAAGGGUUGAAAGGGAAGGCCGGGGAAACAGAUGAGGCCUAUCAGGCCCGCAUGUUAGCCUGGAGUACCGAGACAAAGAAGCGGGCAGAUGACGCUGCCGCGACAUCCAAGAAAAGGUCAGAGGAUGCCGAACAGGCACGUCUGCUGGCCAUGCAACAACAGCGCCAGCACGACGAGGCAGCAGCAAGGACUGCUGAUGAAGAAAGAACACAGCGUCGUAAGAAGAUAUUCACCGGAGAGCGGGCGUUACUUACCAUGGUAGCAGAAUGGCGAAGCGAGGCCGAGAACAGCCAGUUGGAGGACAACGCAAACAAGAUAGCUCUCCUCCUCUCGCAUCUCACGGAUCUCCUGGCAACCUGCAUUACACAGCAGGCGGAGAUCCUUGGUCUCGACAACUCAGUAGCUAACCUCCAAGACCGCCUUCAGCGGGUGGAGCAGCGACCAGUCGCCGUCGCCGACGCAUGCUCUUCCAAUACUGCCGACCGCCUCACCGCAUUGGAGAUGCACGUCGGCUCCCUCCAAGACGGCGCACAGUUACAGCAGACCGCGACGCAACAAUUGCAGCAGCGGAUCUGCACUACMGCCACCACCUCGAGUCCGGAGCCGCGCGAGACAGCUCCUAAGUUCGAUGGGCAAGAGAUCGUCCACGACUCAAUCAAGACAGAUCCAAUUCCAUGGUUUCGCAUGUUUGAGCUCACGUUGCAGCUCCACAACUUCAAGGAAAACAAGCACCACGCYUACUUGUACUCUCGCUCAGGGGGCGCGUGUCAGGCGUGGUUGGACAACUUGUUGUCCAAGUACGAAGUGGUAGCAGCGGACUUGCACACCAUGCUGAUCAGCUGGGAUGAUCUGAAGGCGGCGUGGCACAAGCGGUUCCAGGUGGAGCCGCCAGAGAUCAACGCCAUGGACAAGCUUAUGGUCUUCGAGCAAGGCUCGCUGCCGAGUACGGACUGGAUCGCCGAGUACCAACGCUUGACGUCAUUCCCAGACAUCCAGAUGGGCUUCAAGGCCAUCCGCCACUAUUUCAUCUCAAGGUCAUGUCCGACAUUGAGCAAUGCCCUAACGCAUGUCGAGGACACCUUGACGAUGACGGCGGAACUAUUCGACAAGGCUGCGCAGAUCAUCGUUACGAACAAGGAGUCCAAGAACCUCCGUUCUUCUGCGUCAGGCCCGAGCGAGAACCAGCAUCGGCCACGAGUGGCUGUGGUCGCAGCGGCAGCGCCGUUAGACCAAACCAGCGAGGCUGCGUCUGCCAGUUGUCUGCCGGGACCGCAAUGCGCAGCACUUAGCGCUCAUCUCCACACUUACCUUUCCUUCUAUGCACCACCAACUUUGCCGACGGAUGACGAAGUCGCGGUGGGGGACAUCCUGGCGUACGUUACCAAGGUGGCCCGCGAGUUUCACAUGCAGCGGUACGAUAACAACAAUGCACCGCUCAGCAACUACUCGACCGUUACAUUCGAGGCCGUACCGGUCUACUUCGCACCUCAUGCAUGCGAACCGGUGACAUUCGAUAUUCUCGACACGGACUUCGACAUCAUUCUGGGAAUGCCUUGGCUUGCAAGUGCGGAUCACAUGGUCAACUUCCAUCGGCGGACUCUUAGCGUUCGCGACGCCUUCGGCGCGGAAGUGGCAUGUACGAUUCCUCUACCGCACUCUUCGAUCCGGUGCCAAGUGGUGACAGCCAAAUCAUUCCGGGCGACUUGUGCUUACGAGCAGCCCGAGGAGAUCGGCAUAUGUUUCCUACGGACCGUCGCGGUAGCCGACUCUUCACAUACGGACUUGUCUUCGGACCCCCGUGUGGCACGGUUGCUGGACAAGUUCGCCGACAUCUUCGAGUCACCUACCGGUGUGGUGCCGGGUCGGCCGGUCUCUCACGAGAUCAUUCUUGAGGUCGGUGUCGUGCCGCCGAAAGGUUGCAUCUAUCGGAUGAGCGAGGAGGAGCUUGAGGUACUCCGCGCACAACUCGAUGACUUGUUGGCCAAGGGCUGGAUCCGCCCGAGUAGCUCCCCAUAUGGAGCACCAGUUCUCUUCGUCAGGAAGAAGAACAAGGAUCUACGAUUGUGUAUCGACUACCGCAAGCUCAACGCGCAAACCGUCAAGAACGUGGGGCCUCUUCCUCGCAUCGACGAUCUUCUCGAGCGGCUGGGCGGUGCGAAGUAUUUUUCCAAGUUGGAUUUGAAAUCAGGAUAUCAUCAAAUCUCGAUUCAGCCGAAUGAUCGCUAUGAAACCGCAUUCAAGACGCUGUACGGGCAUUUUGAGUGGGUGGUCAUGCCUUUUGGCCUCACCAACGCCCCGGCGACAUUCCAGGCGGCGAUAACCAAUGAGUUCCGUGCAAUGUUGGACCGGUUCGUGCUGGUCUACUUAGACGAUAUUCUCGUCUACAGCCGGACAUUGGAGGAUCAUCUUGGACAUCUUCGACRAGUGUUGGARAYGCUCCGSCGUGCCAAGUACAAGGCCAACCGCGACAAGUGCGAAUUUGUCCGGCAAGAGCUGGAAUACUUGGGCCAUUUUGUCACACCRGAGGGCAUCARUCCGCUAUCGGACAAGAUUCAGGCCGUCCAAGAGUGGYCRGAGCCUCGGAACGUCACRGAUGUCCGCUCGUUCCUCGGUCUUACYGGCUACUAUCAGCGCUUCAUCAAAGGCUACUCCAAGACCGCGGCCCACUUGAACAAGCUUCAGUGCGAGGAUCGGCCGUUUGACUUUGGAGAGGAGGCGCGGGGAUUAUUCCUUGCUCUCAAAGCCGCGCUAUUGUCUGCGGAGGUCUUACGGAUAUACGACCCGCUCGCGCCUACACGUGUCACUACGGAUGCGUCAGGCUAUGACAUUGGUGCAGUCCUCGAGCAACAUGAUGGUGUGGACUGGCACCCGGUCGAGUACUUCAGCAAGAAAGUGCCACUCGUGCAUUCCAUUGACGAUGCACGCAAGAAGGAGCUCCUCGCCUUCGUCCACGCACUCAAGCGGUGGAGGCACUUCCUCCUUGGUCGAAGCCAAUUUUGCUGGGUAACGGACAACAAUCCGUUGGUCUUCUACAAGACCCAAGACACCGUCAACAGCACCAUCACUCGAUGGAUGGCUUUCAUCGACCAGUUCGACUUCUUUCCCGAUCACAUUCCCGGGAAAUCGAACCUUUGUGCGGAUGCUCUUUCACGGCGUCCGGAUCACUGUACCGCGGUCUACUCGACUUUCGAGAUUGACGAUGACCUGCAGAACAGCUUCAUCCGCGGUUACCAAGCCGACCGCGAGUUUUGCGACAAGUACGCGAAUUGCUCCUCGCCUAAUCCGGCUCCUUCUCACUACUGGAUCCAGGAGGGGUACUUGCUUGUCCACACGCGGGGGAAGGACCUUCUUUGCGUACCAAGUGAUCCUCACUUGCCGGACGAGAACGAGAAACCGUUCUUCCAAAAGCUUUAUGACGACGCCGUGCAGAGGGAAAGGGAGCCAGAGGCAGCAGCCAGAGCCACGAGCAUUGCUGAUCAGGAGGCUCUCCUUCGGAUCCUGGAAACCAAUGAUGACCGGUUCCAGGAGAGACUAGCUGCUGCCGUAGCAGCCUUGGUUCGAUUGCGGACCUUGGAAGACCUUGAGUCCCAUGUGACAGCACUAGAGCAGCGAAACCAAGAGUUGCAGACUGAGAUACUCAGCCUCAAACAGUCCCAACUGUCUGCCCCCCGCCCUCCUAACCCUCGACCUGCUGCAAUUCCAGUCUCUCAAUCUAACACAGUCCUCAUGGCAAGAGCAAGUGGAACUGUGACGAGCGCAGGAACCGGUGCCAGCUCCUCGAGCGGCAGCGCCGACAGUUCUGCACUAGUCAUAGUCCCAAAUGCAGGGACAUCAGCCCAAAACGUCACAUUCCUUACUGGCGUUAAGUACAGCGGUCCCGUAGUGGACAAGCGGGCGGCCACCUUGCCGUCCAAGUACGACGGGAAAGCGGAUAUCACCUCUUGGAUUAGUUCCAUGCGCUCAUACUUCGAGGUCAUGCGGACACCGCAGGAAGACCGAAGCAUGAUCAUGGGCACUAAUACUGAGCCCAUCGUAAGGAAUCACAUUGAGCUCCAAGUUGUUGCUGCAGGUUAUGAAAGAAUUGACCUGACUGAGUGGUUGAAGGUAACCCCUUUACGCACCCUUGAGGACCUUCUCAUCACACGGUACCAAGAUAAGCAUGCUGCGCUCAAGGCAAGGCUGAAGCUUGAGGCCCUCAAGGGCCAAACAUGGAGGUCCUCCAUGCAGGCUUUGGAACAGCACUUGACUGGUCUGUUCACCACUCCAGACCUGGGAAUGACCGACGUGUCUUGUAUGGAUGUAGUCAUGGGAGUGGCCCCUAAAGAAUACCUCUCCCAGCUAGGACUCAAAGACCAUACCACUUGGCGAGAGCUCAUGACGGAUCUCAACCUAGAGGCCAACGACCUCGCCAGGCGUAAGAAGGCGCCCGCUGCAGGUGGAAAACCACAACGCAAGCGGUAUGGAAGCAGCAACCAGCUUGCCCUGCAUGAACAUCGGGAGGCUGAAGACCAGUCCUACGCGGAUGAUCUGCCUCUAGAUGACGAUCUAGAGUCGGACUUCGAUAUGUGCUAUUCCACAUCAGCCAUUGAGUCUGACGUAAACGAAGAUGAAAAACUUAAUGUUUUUAAAAAGACUGCUUCAAACAAGGGGCCUAACCGUGGUUCAGCACACAGCGGCAUUGCGGCGCGGUGCGGCGAGAAGAACAGGGUGAGGGAGGCCAUCGUUACGCACGCCAUGGCGGAUUCGAAUUCCUCCGCCGUGAUUUGGGAUGCGCCUUUCCUUAUGGCGAAUGUCAUUGUGUCGAGAGUGCUUCCUAGGGAGAUGUCACUGUGGUGGAUCGGGAGGAGAACCGGCGGAACAUGGCAAGAUCUCAUAAUUGACGAUGAUGUCACCGAUGACUAUUUCCAUGAGAAGCUACGAAUGACGAGAGGGGCGUUCUACGACCUCGUGGCCGCGUGCACUCCUUUUGUUAAACGGUCCCUCACUCAUUACCGCACUCCUUUGUUGUCGGAGCAGUUGGUGGCGUUCCCUUUGUAUAAGUGGGCGAGCGGCGAGACGUUUGAUAGUGCAACUUCGUCAUUUGGGAUGGGGCGGUCGAGUGGUAUCAAGGUGGUGAGGGAUGUGACGAACCCUAUCUUGUCCGCUUAUGUGUAUGUCGACAAGCCAGCAAAUGUGCUAGUGGAAAACUAUUUCGAUCGAAAGCAGCAAUACUCUGCCAUUGCUCAAGUCGUCGUCGACCUCGAUAUGCGUGUGCUGGAUGUUUAUGUGGGGUAUCCGGGCAGCGUCCACGACGCCAGGGUUUUGAUCAAUUCGUCGCUCUAUAGAUGUGCGGAAGCUGGCACGUUGUUCUUGGCGGAUGCAGUGGACCUGUCAUACGGGGUGCAAACGAGGGGGUACGUGCUCGCGGACAGUGGCUAUGGACCCUUGCCUUGGCUUGUAGUGCCUUACGGUGGUGUAGUGCAACCUCCGGACGAGGCGCAUUUUGACAUGUGUCACAAGUCAUCACGGAAUGUUGCCGAACGAGCAUUUGGGAGACUGAAGGGGAUGUGGCGGCUGUUUCUGCGCCACCACAAGACGAACAUGGAGAAUCUGCCCCAACAAUUCACCGUCGUUUGUAUUUUGCACAACUUGCUGAUCGAGGCUGGCAUCGAAUUUGACGAGCGUCUGCUCGUUGACAGGCUCCGACAGCAACGAGCGACCCAUCGAUCUGGGUAUGCAUGAACCUGUCGCCCCUGUGUCGCAAGAUGAUGCCACCGAUGACGCCCUUGCAUUGCGCAACGCGCUGAGCUUUCGAAUGCAUCCGACU